GGCUGCAACAGCGCUGUCACAACAACAGUCCCAGGCUCUGACACACACACACACACACAGAGAGGGGCAUUGUGGGAACUGACAGCCGUGUUUCGGCGGGUUCUGUUAAAAUGGCGCUGUUGCCAAUGGAUGCGGUAACCGUUAACGGAUAAUCUAGCCGAGGAGGAGUUUUUCAGGGAGGGGUCGCUGCCUGCCUGCUGUCAGAAUGGCGGCUCCGGAUCAGAAAUCCCCUAACGUGCUGCUGCAGAACCUGUGCUGCCGGAUACUGGGCAAGGGGGAAGCUGAUGUGGCCCAACAGUUUCAGUAUGCAGUUCGAGUCAUUGGAAGUAAUUUUGCCCCUACUGUUGAGCGAGAUGAAUUUCUUGUAGCUGAAAAAAUUAAAAAAGAGUUUGUGAGACAGAGGAGAGAAGCAGAUGGUGCUUUGUUUUCAGAACUUCAUCGAAAGUUACAGUCACAAGGUGUGCUGAAAAACAGAUGGUCUAUACUCUACCUCUUGCUAAGCCUUAGUGAAGAUCCUCGUAAGCAGCCAAACAAGGUAUCUAGCUACGGAUCGCUAUUCGCCCAGGCUCUGCCUCGUGAUGCACAUUCAACACCAUAUUAUUAUGCGAGGCCUCAGAGUCUGCAACUUAACUACCAGGAUCGCAGUGUGCAGUCUACCCAGAGCUCUGCUAGCAUGGGCAGCAGUGGCAUUGGCAGUAUUGGCAUGUAUGCCUUAAAUGGACCUACUCCUACACCACAGUCCUUUGUUCAAGGACAGUCCUAUCCAGCUCCAGCAAUGGGGGAUACUUUUCGCCAGCAGUUGGGCUCACGUCUUGCUUGGACUUUAGCAGCUGGUCAACAGCCAACACUACAGAAUACUACCUCCAAAGGCCUUCCAAACGCCAUCUCCCGCAGUGUUCCAAGAUCUAAGAGGGAAGGAGACGCAGGUGGGUCUGUUGAAACAACAGAGGCAUCGUUAGUGCGAGAUAUUCUAUAUGUUUUCCAGGGCAUAGAUGGCAAAUGUAUAAAAAUGUGCUCUUCUGAAAACUGCUAUAAAGUUGACAGCAAGGUGUCUCUUUCCAAGUCCCUUAAAGAUACCACAAGCAGACUGGCAGAACUUGGUUGGCUUCAUAAUAAAGUAAGAAAAUACACAGAUCAGAGGAGCCUGGAUCGUGCAUUUGGACUGGUUGGACAGAGUUUUUGUGCGGCCUUACAUCAAGAACUCAAAGAAUAUUACCGUCUUCUUUCUGUUUUACACUCUCAGUUACAGGUUGAAGAUGACCAAGGCGUUAAUUUAGGUUUGGAAAGCAGCUUAACACUUCGCCGUCUUUUGGUUUGGACAUAUGAUCCUAAAAUUAGACUAAAGACACUUGCAGCUCUUGUUGAUCACUGUCAAGGGAGGAAAGGAGGGGAGUUGGCAUCUGCAGUACAUGCAUAUACUAAAUCGGGCGACCCAUACAUGCGGACGUUGGUGCAACACAUUCUCAGCUUGGUGUCACAUCCAAUACUUAAUUUCCUUUACCGCUGGAUAUAUGAUGGAGAAUUAGAGGACACUUAUCAUGAGUUCUUUGUAGCCUCUGAUCCUACAGUGAAAACUGACAGACUGUGGCAUGACAAGUACACGCUGAGGAAAUCUAUGAUUCCAUCUUUCAUGACUAUGGAUCAGUCUAGAAAGGUUCUCUUGAUUGGAAAAUCCAUAAAUUUUUUACAUCAGGUGUGCCAUGAUCAGACCCAAACGGCAAAGAUGAUGGCUGUUACCAAAGCAGCAGAGUCACCAAAAGAUGCUGCAGAUUUAUUCACAGAUUUGGAGAAUGACUUCCAAAGUAAAAUCGAUGCAGCAUACUAUGAAACCAGCAAAUACCUGUUGGAUGUCUUAAAUAAGAAUUACAAUCUGCUUGAGCACAUGCAGGCAAUGAGGAGAUAUCUCCUUCUAGGGCAGGGAGAUUUUAUACGCCAUCUAAUGGAUCUUCUCAAGCCAGAACUUAUCCGUCCAGCCACUACACUGUACCAACACAAUCUUACAGGGAUUCUGGAAACUGCUGUGAGGGCAACCAAUGCCCAGUUUGACAACCCUGAAAUCCUCAAACGUUUGGAUGUCCGACUAUUGGAGGUUUCACCUGGAGAUACCGGAUGGGAUGUAUUUAGUCUAGACUACCAUGUUGAAGGACCCAUUGCCACAGUAUUCACCCGGGAGUGUAUGAGUCAUUACCUGAGGGUAUUUAACUUCCUCUGGCGAGCAAAGAGAAUGGAAUAUAUACUAACAGACAUUUGGAAAGGCCAAAUGUGUAAUGCAAAAUUACUAAAAAGCAUGCCAGAGCUCUCUGGGGUGCUUCAUCAGUGUCACGUUCUGGCUUCAGAAAUGGUCCAUUUCAUUCAUCAAAUGCAAUAUUAUAUCACAUUUGAGGUCCUGGAAUGUUCUUGGGAUGAGCUCUGGAACAAGGUGCAGCAAGCACAAGAUUUGGACCACAUAAUUGCAGCACAUGAAGUUUUCCUAGAUACUAUAAUAUCCAGGUGUCUCCUAGAUGGUGAAUCAAGAGCUCUCCUAAAUCAACUUCGUGCUGUCUUUGAUCAGAUAAUUGAAUUUCAGAAUGCUCAGGAUGCUCUGUAUAGGGCUGCCCUGGGGGAAUUACAGCGGAGAUUACAAUUUGAAGAACGAAAAAAAGAACGAGAGUCAGAGGGAGAGUGGGGGGUCACAGAGGCAGAAGAAGAGGAAGAAAACAAAAGGGUUCUGGAAUUUCAAGAAUCAAUACCGAAAAUGCGUUCACAGUUGAGGAUUCUCACUCAUUUCUAUCAGGGUAUUGUUCAACAGUUUUUGAUUUUGCUUACCACAAGUACAGAUGAAAGCCUACGGUUUUUGAGCUUUAGAUUGGACUUCAAUGAACAUUAUAAAGCAAGAGAGCCAAGGCUACGUGUAUCACUCGGCACUAGAGGGAGACGUAGCUUACACGUAUGAGAAAACUGACACUCGGUUAAUUACUACAAACAAACCAAAUAGUGUGCAGCGCUUAGCUUAUGUUAUUUAUGCAGGCAAGUCUUUAGCAUUUCAGUAUGUGGUUGUGCACAGCAGGGGAUAAAGAAUGCUACAAAAUGGGUCUUUUUAUACAUUGUGGUCCAUUUAUGGAAACAAAGUGGAUCUGUUUACACUGUAAAUUUCAGUAAUGUAUAUUUUUAUGAGAGACACCUUUCUGUUUGUGGUUUUUAAAUUUUGUUUAGUCUUUAUUAUUUUGAAGGAGAAAAGAAGAACAAAAACAACCACACUCGUCCAUGCUACAAAUGUUCAUGUAGUCAUUAAUUUGUCUUGUUUUAAAGGAUAUAGAUUUUCAAAUAUUCAUUUUAAGUGUUUCACCAAGUCUGGUUUCAUAACACCGCUGUAGAACGCAGAUAUUGAUUUGAUUUUCAUUGUUACAUUUGAUUUAACAGUGUGAAUAAAUGACACACCAUUGGAAUAUCA